AUGGUUUCUGAGUAUACAGCUUUAGUAAUUACCAGGGAAGAAUGUUUUGGAGUCAUUACUUUUACGUUCAGUCAUUGAUUAACACAGGCCUCUCCAACUUAGGUGCUACCAGUGCAGCGCCAAGCACCGCUCGCAGCACAGUGCUGCGGGGUGACUCCGUGAAGGUGGGGGAGGGAUUAGGCAGCAGCAUACGCAUCGCGAGGAAGGUGUUGUGCUAACCGUAGCAAACUGCGAAUAGAAAUGACCCGGAAGCUGUGGGCAUUGAGUAUACCUUCAUCGCGGAUUCGACUAAAUUUAGUAAUAAUAUGUAGUUUUUAAGUGAAUGAACAAGAAGAGCUCAGUAAGGCGCAUCCUGCCAGAAGUACCUGUCAUACCGACUUAAAGAUACAGCGUGACAAGAGAAUUUCAGCGUCAUCACCGAAUCCAAUGAAGCCUACAAGGUUUGAUGGAAAUUUUAGGCUCAUUUGGAAAAACAUGGUAUGACAAACUGAUUUCCGCCAGAAGUUUCUGUCGUACCGACUGAAAGCUAUAGCAGGCAAUGCAAAUAGAUAAAAAUAAUACAUCCUGUUUGUAUGCUUCAUGUUUGCAUUUAAAUGAUCAUUUGAGUCUGUCAGUUUGACACUAGGCUACUAGAUGUUUGAAAGUAUAUGUAAAAUGAAUAUGAAACGUCAUGACCGUUGAUAUACGUAAAGGUUAUGGUAAAAUCCUACCGUCACGUAUCUUCAAGUCAAUAUGACAGGUACUUUCAUCGGAAUACCAAGCCCUUUUUGUUCAUUUACUUUGAAACUACAUAUUAUUACUAAGUUUAGUCGAAUCCGCGAUAAAGUUUGUGGAGUGACAUUCGUAUUGACAUUUGAAUUGGUCUGAUCGAGUCAACGCGCGGGUGAUAAAAUAAUGUGCAUAAUUUCGACGUAAACACAUUUAUUCUUAAGAUGAUCUUUGACAGCGUUUCGAUUCAACAAGUUUUCUAAUAUUUGGUACAGUGGCUUGAGCAGUGGAAAUUCUGAGUUCUACCGAACAUAGAGCAAGUUUCCAAGGCCAGUGCAAGAAUUUUGGGAAAAUCUUCCGACUUAACACCUUGAUAAAACGAAAUUAAAUUACUAUUGUAGUGGUAGUAUCUAUCCUUACGGAUCGUAUCGCAUUGAAGCUUAAUCAGCUCCAUUUGGAACUGCGGCGGUUCUGUUUCGAAAAGCACUGAAGAUGGCGUCGUAAAAAUCUCAUUUGCAUAAACAUCUCAACGUCGUCAAUGAUUUUAAAAAAAUCUUUAGCACUUUUGUGCAGCUUAACCAGCGCGUAACAC